AUGCCCAGCAUCUUCGCCUACCAGAGCUCGGAGGUGGACUGGUGUGAGAGCAACUUCCAGCACUUGGAGCUGGUGGCCGAGUUCUACAACACGUUCAGCAAUGCCACCUUCUUCAUCUUUGGGCCUCUCAUGAUGUUUCUGAUGCACCCAUAUGUCCAGAAACGUUCCCGCUACAUUUAUGUCAUCUUCAUCCUCUUCAUAGUCGUAGGUCUCUUCUCUAUGUACUUUCACAUGACACUCAGCUUCCUGGGCCAGAUGCUGGAUGAGAUCGCUAUUCUGUGGCUGCUGGCCAGUGGCUACAGCAUAUGGAUGCCCCGCUGCUACUUUCCUGCCUUCCUAGGGGAGAACAGGCCCCAGUACAUCUGCCUGGUCAUCACCGCCACCGUGGUCAGUACCUUCCUGUCCUUCCUGAGGCCCACAAUCAACGCGUACGCCCUCAACAGCAUUGCCCUGCACAUCGUCUACAUCGUGGCCCAGGAAUAUAAAAAGACCAGUAAUAAGGAGCUUCGGCAUCUAAUUGAGGUCACCAUGGUUUUAUGGGCUUUUGCGUUUACUAGCUGGAUCAGUGACCGCUUGCUUUGCAGUUUCUGGCAGUGGAUUAAUUUCUCCUACCUGCACAGCAUCUGGCAUGUACUCAUCAGCAUCACCUUCCCCUAUGGCAUUGUCACCAUGGCCAUGGUGGAUGCCACGUAUGAGAUGCCGGACAAAACUCUCAAAGUCUGCUACUGGCCUCGGGACACUUGGCCCAUGGGGCUGCCCUAUGUGGAGAUCAAUGAUGACAACAAGAGCUGCUGA